AUGGCUUUCAUGCCGAUUGGAGAUUAUUACAUGGACAAUGCGACUGAUCUUUUCUCAAGUUGGACAAAUGCAAGCAAGAUUUAUGACGCUGAACUUGAGGUUGCCAUCAUGGACCAACCAAGCUGCAAAAUCGCGCAGAUGAACAAGGCAAGCUAUGCUUGUGCCACCGGCUGCCACUGCCACAAUGGUUAUUCCACAGCCAAUGCUUACCUUUCCGAAGGAUGCAUGCAACAAGAUUACAACCCCAAGCCUAAAGAACACUGCCGGAGGUCAUGUGGGAACAAGUCCAUUCCCUUCCCUUUCGGGCUUGAAGAAGAUUGUUUCGGAAACGAAAGGUUCCGACUUAAUUGUACCGCUGCAAAUGAGACGCUUUUUAGCACAGCAUAUACACACUAUCACGUGACUGGUCUGUCAGUAGAAGACGGGACUCUGACAGUUAGCAACAAGCUAAACAAUGCUAGCUCCUGGAAAGAAGUAAUAAUAGCUCAGGCCACCGAAAGUGGAGGAGUGUACAUGGACGGCCCUGUGGAAGACGAAUUUGAUUUUUCUAUGGAAUAUGACAUUGUUAUUAUACGAUGGGCAGUUACAAAUUCAUCUUGUGAACAAGCUAUGCAUUGGAGAAGUAGUAACUAUGCAUGCCUCAGUGUAAACAGUGAUUGCCAAAACGUGACCCAUGGGAAAAUAUUUAUGGGAUAUCGUUGCAAGUGUUCUUCUGGCUACUCAGGAAAUCCGUAUAUACAGGAUGGCUGCACAGAUAUUGAUGAAUGCUCACUGCCAAACUACUGCAACGGUACAUGUCAAAACAUUCCUGGAAGCUAUAUGUGCACACCAUGCUCUCAUACCCAAGAAUUUGAUUUCAUCAAGCGGCAUUGUGUUACAUCAGCUAAGCAACGAAAUCUUCUUUUAGGUAUUGCAAUUGGAACUGCAGUUGGUUGUGGCCUUGGCUCCAUAUUUAUUGGAUUGGGUGUAAUUCGACUUGCCAAUAAGUGGAAGAAAGGCAUCCAAAAGAGACUUCGGCGAGCAUACUUCAAGAAAAAUCAAGAAGAUGAAGUUCCCUUGCUUGUCUAUGAGUUCAUUUCAAAUGGCACUCUGUAUGAACUUCUACACACGGAUACUACAGUAAAAUGCUUGCUUUCAUGGGAUGAUCGCCUGAGGAUUGCAGUUGAAGCAUUCGGGGCUCUAGCUUAUCUACACUCAGCAGCUACAAUACCAAUUUUUCACAGAGAUGUGAAGUCUUCAAAUAUACUCUUGGAUGACAACUUCACCACAAAGGUUUCAGAUUUUGGUGCUUCAAGAUCUCUUUCACUUGAUGAGACCCAUGUGGUGACAAUUGUUCAAGGAACAUUUGGUUACUUGGAUCCACAGUAUUAUCAUACCGGUCAACUAACGGAGAAGAGUGAUGUAUACAGUUUUGGAGUAAUACUUGUGGAACUCUUGACAAGAAAGACGCCAAUUUUUAUUAAUGAUUUAGGUGCAAAGCAAAGUUUGUCCCAUUUCUUCAUUGAAGGACUUCACCAAGGGUCUCUUAUUGAAAUAAUGGAUACUCAAGUUGUGGAAGAAGCAGACCAGGGAGAGAUUAGUGAAAUUGCCUCACUUGCAGAAGCAUGCUUAAUGGGUAAAUGGAGGAGAGCGACCGUCUAUGAAAGAAGUGGAGAUGAGGUUGCAAUUCUUAAGAACAAUGAGGCUGAGAAAAAGACAUCAUUUACUCGAAAAAGAUGGAGAUAUUGA